AUGAUUUACUUUAAUAUCGCUCUAAUACCUUUUUCUUUUAAGGCACAAGGAUGUCCAGAAGCUCGAGUUGCUGCAUCACUUGGUUCACAACCAUUUAGCAAAACUGGUAAAUCUCCGAUCGAUGGUUAUGUUUACACCACAAUUUACGAGGGAUUUAAAAUUGGCAGAGAUAUUGCAAGAAAAUAUGACAAUCGAUGUUUAGGUUUUCGUAUAGAUCGUAAAUCUGAAUAUGUAUGGCUGACAUACGAAGAAACUGAACGUGCGGCUACAGAUAUUGGUAGUGCACUUAUUCGAUUAGGUGAAAAUCAUGGACAAAAUACAUUUAUUGGUAUCUAUGUAGUUAAUAGUGUUGAAUGGCUAAUUACAGCUUUAGCAUGUCAUUUUCAUAGUAUGAUUUAUGUACCUCUUUAUGAUACACUAGGAGAACCUGCUAUGAUUCAUAUUAUGAAUCAGACUGGAUUAAGAACAAUUUUUGUUGAUAAAAUUGAAAAUAUUCUGACUUUACUUAAACUUGCUCGUCGAGUUCCAACCUUAAAACGAAUCAUAUUAACAAAAAGAUUACCAGAGGAUAAAAAACAGAAAGAAAUCGGCCAAUUAAAACCAGUUGCUCAUCAUCCACCUAAAUCUAAGUAUCUAUUUCAAAUUUGUUAUACAAGUGGUACAACAGGUUUACCAAAAGGUGCCAUGUUAACACAUAAAAAUAUUGUUUCUGUGGUUCAAACAGCAACUGAAUUACUUAGACCUAUUUUGAAUGAAUCCGAGACAUUAAUAUCAUAUUUACCAUUGGCUCAUGCAUAUGAACAAGCUGUUGAACUUUAUUGUUUGUGUAAUGGUUUUAAAAUUGGCUAUUAUCUAGGUGAUAUAAGUCUACUAUCUGAUGAUAUGGCUCAUUUAAAACCGACACUUAUGCCAAGUGUACCUCGGCUUUUAAAUCGAAUGUACGAUACUAUUCAAGCAACGAUUCGUCAAUUACAGUCAUCUCAACAGCAUUUAUCUACUACGGUAUUAUCAGCUAAAGAAAGUGAUGCUAAUACAGAUCCUGUAGCACAUCAAAAGGCUCUGAAUGCUUUACUUAUACAACAGGUUCAAAAAAGUAUCGGUGGGCGUGUUAAAUUAAUAUGGACUGGUGCUGCACCAUUAUCACCAACAGUUCUACAAUUUCUUAGACAUGCUUCUGGAGCUCAUGUUAUUGAAGGCUAUGGACAAACAGAAUGUUGUGGUUUAUCAACAUGUCAACUACUUGGAGAUCCAUCUGUUGGACAUGUUGGUGUACCAGCACAUUGUAAUAUGAUUAAAUUAGUUGAUGUACCUGAUAUGCAAUAUUUUGCAAAAGAUAAUGUUGGAGAAAUAUGUAUUAAAGGUCCAAAAGUAUUUAAAGGUUAUUAUCGUGAUGAAGAAAAAACACGAGAAGUCAUCGAUAGGGAAGGAUGGUUACAUACAGGAGAUAUUGAUAAAUGGACAGAAGGUGAAUAUAUAGCACCAGAACGUAUUGAAAUUAUUUAUGUUCAGAGUAAAUAUGUAGCUCAAGCAUUUGUUUAUGGUAACAGUUAUAAAAGUCGUACAAUAGUUAUUAUUGUUCCCGAUUCUGAUGUACUCUUAAAAUAUGCAAGUGAACACAACAUUUCAGGCAAUAUGAAAGAAUUAUGUAAGAAACAAGAAAUUAAAGAUUUAAUUUUCAAUGAUAUCAAAAGAAUUGGAAAAGUCAAAUCAAUUGAAAGUUUGGUACGUUAUAAAGAAUCUCAAACACUUAUUCUUGUUGCUACAAAUUUAUUUGGACGUGGGAUGGAUAUUGAACGUGUUAAUAUUGUAUUGAGUUAUGAUAUGCCUGAAGAUACUGAUACAUAUCUUCAUCGAGUUGCUUGUGUCGGUCGAUUUGGUGCAAAAGGUUUAGCAGUAACAUUUGUUGCAGAUGAAAAUGAUGCAGCCAUUCUUAAUGAAGUUCAAAACUGUUUCGAAGUACAAAUUACUGAAAUACCCGAUGAAAUCGAUGUUUCUACAUACAUCGAAAAUCGUUAA